GAAUCGGUCGACGUGACAGUCCUCGGGAUAUGACAGUGCUUUUGUAGUAGACUGCUAACUUUAGCUAGACCAUUAGCGGGCUGUCAGGCUUUUAGGAUUACCGAAGGACAGGAAUUCCGGUGCUAAGGCAAAUUUAUUUUUAUUUCAGUUAUUUUUCUCAGUCUGUAUUAUGUUUAAAAUGACGUAAACACGACUCGGGUUAAUAGUAAAUGUAGCUAAUUGAACUUAAGGUAGAUGGCUAGCUAGCGUGUUUUUAACUUGUGAAUCUCAACUUGGUCUCUUAGGGCCACAGAAACCCCACGGGAGGGUAAGCUACUGGGUAUCUGCUUUAUAUAGCCGUGCUUUCGGCCAGCUGGCAUAAAUAACCACGCACCAGCCGAAUAAACACCAUAAAUAAUACACUGCUGGCACAUUGGAGCUAGCCCAUUAGAAUUUGUAAUAUGAAAAAGGCGCAGUCGGAUGCAUUAGGUUUUGCUCCUCAGAAAGACAUCGUAUACAACAAACUUUUGCCGUAUGCCGAUAAGCUAGAUGCAGAAUCCAAUGACAUCUUGAGCAAAAUUAAAGGAAACUUGGGCCGAGCUGUUCAACUCAGAGAGAUAUGGCCCGGGGUCUUGUUUUGGACGAGGAAGCUUUCCACGUACAUGAGACUGUAUGGACGGAAGUUCAGCAAAGAAGACCAUGUGCUGUUCAUCAAGUUGCUCUACGAGCUAGUGACGAUCCAAGGACUGGAAAUCAGUAUGAUGCAGGGCCUUGCUCGUCUUCUUAUCAACCUUCUCAAGAAGAGAGAACUGUUGUCAAGGGAGGACCUUGAGUUACCAUGGAGACCACUGUACGAGCUUCAUGACAGGAUUCUCUUCUCAAAGACAGAGCAUUUGGGCCUCAACUGGUUUCCUAAUUCUUCACGACAUCGUUCAUCUGCUAAAGUCAUACUGUUAAAUUUGGUUCAUUGGUGCUCAGUGGAAAGUGUGUUGAAAACACUUGUGAAAAGCUGCAGACCAUACUUCUCAGAGGCUGCUACUCAGGAGAUGCUUAAUGAGUGGAGACCACUCCUUUGUCCCUUUGAUGUCACCAUGCAGAGAGCAAUCAGCUACUUUGAGCUCUUCUUGCCCACAACUCUCCCUCCUGAGCUGCAUCACAAGGGGUUUAAGUUGUGGUUUGAUGAGCUGGUCAGCUUAUGGAUGUCUGUGCAGAAUCUCCCAAGCUGGGAAAUUCACCUGGUCAAUCUCUUCGCUCGCCUAGCCAAUGACAACAUUGGCUACAUUGAUUGGGACCCUUAUAUUCCUAAGAUUUUCACAAGAAUUUUAAGGAGUUUGAAUCUUCCUGUGGGAACCAGUCAGAUGAUAGUACCACGAUACAUCACCAAUGCUUAUGACAUCAGCCACGUGGUGCUUUGGGUGUCAUCGCUCCUGGGUGGGCCCAGCAAACAGGCUCAAGCACAGCUCAGUGGCCUUUUUAACAGUAUCACAUCCUUCUUCCACCCAUCGAACCAUGGCCGCUGGUUGAUGAAGCUCAUGAAGCUACUUCAACGUCUUCCAGCCAGUGUGGUUCGGCGGCUUCACAGAGAGCGCUACAGAAAGCCCUCAUGGUUAACGCCAAUACCAGACAGUCACAAGCUUACUGAGGAAGACAUCACAGACUUUGUGCAGAGUAUGAUGCAGCCAGUUUUGCUGGCCAUGUUCAGCAAAACAGGAAGUCUCGACGCCGCCCAGGCCCUGCAAAACCUUGCUCUGAUGAGGCCUGAAUUGGUCAUUCCCCCAGUGCUUGAGAAAACAUAUCCUGCGCUAGAGACCCUAACGGAGCCCCACCAGCUGACAGCCACUCUGAGCUGCAUGAUUGGCGUGGCACGGAGCCUAGUGUCAGGUGGGCAGCGCUUUCCUGAGGGGCCUACUCACAUGCUGCCCCUGCUUAUGAGGGCUCUGCCAGGCGUGGACCCAAAUGACUUCAGCAAGUGCAUGAUCACAUUCCAGUUUAUUGCUACAUUUGUGACUCUUGUGCCUUUGGUGGACUGUUCGUCUGCCCUACAUGAAAGAACCGACUUGACAGAGGUGGAAAGAGAGAUGUGCUCCGCCUCAGCUGAGUUUGAAGACUUUGUGCUUCAGUUUAUGGACAGAUGCUUUGCCCUCAUAGACAGCAGCACUCUUGAACAAACUCGAGAAGAAACAGAAACCGAGAAAAUGACUCAUCUGGAGAGUCUGGUGGAGCUCGGGCUGUCCUCCACUUUUAGCACCAUCCUCACGCAGUGUUCCUUGGAUAUCUUCAAGGUUGCCCUGGAAAAAGUGUUCAACUUUGCAACCACCAACAUCUUUGAGACGCGUGUAGCUGGGAGAAUGGUAGCCGACAUGUGUCGAGCCACUGCUAAGUGUCAUCCUGCAGAGUCACUCAAGAUGUUUGUACCACACUGCUGCAACGCUAUAAACCAAAUUGCUGUCAAUGAGGAAGUGUUGAAUGAGGAAGAGCUGGAUAAGGAGCUCCUGUGGAAUCUACAGCUGCUUUCUGAGGUGUCUCGGGUGGACGGUGACAAGAUCUUGCGUUAUCGUUCUGAGCUAGUCCAGAUUUUGCAGUUGACACUCCAUCUAAAGUGUAAGCAGGGCUACACUCUUGCUUGCAACCUGUUGCACCACAUCCUUCGAUCCACUGCCCUCAUCUACCCCACUGAGUAUUGCAGUGUGCCAGGAGGUUUCCAUCAACCAGUUGGUGACUAUCUACCCAUCAAGGACUGGGGUCGACCUGGUGACCUGUGGAACUUGGAUAUCCGGUGGCAUGUACCCAGUACUGAAGAGAUGUCAUUGGCUUUUUAUCUACUGGACCUGUUCCUCCAGCCUGAACUGCAGCGCCUGCAGAGAUUUGCAAAAGGAGAACAGGACAUGAGCAGAGACGAUGUCCUACUGAGCCUCACCAUCAUUCAACACUGUCUUCUGGGGGCAGGCGGUCUGAUGCCACCAUUGAAAGGAGAGCCCAUCACUGGACUUGUUCAUAGCAUGGUGGAUCUGAAUGAAACCACCCUCUAUACAGGAAUGGAGUAUGAUAAAACCAGAGAGAACUACAGAGAUGCCAUCUGCAGUGUGAUGAAACAGCUGCUCCAUUAUAUUCUGGAGCACACUGAAGAUGACACAAAGUCUCUCUUCUCCAUCAUCAAGAUCAUCAGCGACCUUCUGCACUUUAAAGGUUCCCACAAGCAUGAAUUUGACUCCCGCUGGAAGAGUUUCAACCUUGUGAAGAAAUCAAUGGAAAACAGACUUUACGGCAGAAAACAGCACAUCAGAGCUCUGCUAAUUGACAGAGUCAUGCUCCAGCAUGAGCUGCGAAAACUGACAGUGGAAGGAUGUCAGUACAGGAGCAUUCACCAAGAACUGAUGAGAGACCUGUUGAGACUUUCCACGAGCACAUACAGUCAAGUACGCACUAGAGCUCAAAGUGUGUUGUUCACCGCACUGGGAACCUACAACUUCUGCUGUCGAGAUCUGAUUCCACAUGUCCUGGAGUUUCUCAACCCAGACAACAGCAGUGUCACUCAACAGCAGUUCAAAGGUGCUUUAUACUGCCUUAUGGGGAGUCACAGUGGAGUGUGUCUGGCUAAUCUGCAUGACUGGGAGUGCAUCGCUCAGACGUGGCCUGCGGUUGUUCGCUCGGGCCUCAGCUCGGCCAUGUCUCUAGAAAAGCCUUCCAUCGUGCGACUCUUUGACGACCUCGCAGACAAAAUCCAUCGCCAGUAUGAGACCAUUGGCAUUGACUUCUCUGUCCCUGACGAAUGCUGUGCUGUGGCGAAGCAGCUUAUGACAACAGGAAAUCCUUUUCCUGACGACCAUGUGCCCACUGAAGAUGAAGCAGCUGAAGGUCUAAACAGACAGCAGCUCAAGAAUACCGAGUCUAUUGAGAAAUACAAGCAGAUUAUUGCUGAUCUGCUUCAAGGUCUCAACAACAGGAACAUGCCUUGGAAGUUCGAGCACAUUGCGAUUGGCUUCCUGUCUCUGCUGUUGAGAGACGACCACCACCUCCCACCUGCAGCUGUGACAUUCUUUGUGAAAAGCCUUAACCAUGAUUCCCUCUAUGUUCGUAAGGUGGCAAUAUCAGCUGUGGCUGGAAUCAUGAAACAAAUAAAGAGGCCACACAAGAAACUCCCUGUCAGCCCCUCCGAGCUUUGUGGUGAGAUGGAGCAAAGUGUGAUGAUUGCAGGGGACCGUCCAGACAACCAGUGGCUCCAGUAUAACAGCAGCAACCUGCCGCGCACACAGCAAGAAUGGGAUCAGUGUGUGUUUAUAGAAAAGACUCACUGGGGAUACUACCGCUGGCCAAGAAAACUGCUUAAGUAUGCACCUGAGAAGGAGCAGCCCAGACAGAACCUAAGCAGAGAGGAAAUGACUGAGCGGGAGCAGAUCAUCUUUGACCAUUUCACAGACUCUGUGUUCAUCAACCAGUUCAUCGAGUUUCUCUCUCUCGAGGACCGGAAGGGCAAAGACAAGUUCAGCCCUCGCAGGUUCUGUUUGUUCAAGGGAUUGUUCCGUAAUUUUGGCGAUGCCUUUCUGCCUCUGUUGCGGCCACACAUGGAACGCCUGGUGGCAGACUCGCACGAGAGCAAGCAACGCUGUGUUGCGGAGAUUAUCUCUGGUUUGAUCAGAGGCUGCAAGCACUGGAGCUUUUCAAAGGUUGAAAGCCUUUGGGAGCUGUUGUGUCCUUUGCUUCAUACAGCCCUGUCCAACAUCACAAUAGAGACUUAUGCAGAUUGGGGCACCUGCAUCGCUACAGCCUGUGAGAGCAGAGAUCCACGCAAGCUUCAUUGGCUGUUUGAGAUGCUAAUGGAGUCUCCAGUCAAUGGAGAGGGGGGGUCUUUUGUAGAUGCCUGUCGUCUCUAUGUGCUACAGGGGGGUCUAGCCCAGCAGGAGUGGCGCGUACCAGAGCUUUUGCACAGAUUGUUGCAGUACCUGGAGCCCAAACUCACUCAGGUGUACAAGAAUGUACGAGAACGCAUCGGCAGCGUGCUCACGUACAUCUUCAUGAUUGAUGUCAACUUGCCGUUCACUCAGCCAACUACCUCCCCACGUAUCUCAGACUUCACUGAACGAAUUCUGUUGCAGCUGAAGCCCUUAACAGAGGGGGAUGAGGAAAUUCAGAACCACGUGGUUGAGGAAAAUGAAGUGGGAGAGCAGGAUGAGAGGACUCAAGCAAUCAAGUUGCUCAAAACGGUGCUAAAGUGGCUGAUUGCAAGUGCUGGUCGCUCUUUCACCACUGCCGUACCAGAACAAUUACGGCUGCUUCCCCUCCUCUUCAAGAUUGCUCCAGUUGAAAAUGAUGAGAGUUACGAUGAGCUUAAGAAGGAUGCAAAGACCUGUCUGUCCCUGAUGUCUCAGGGCCUCCUCUACACAGAUCAGAUCCCCACGGUUCUCAAUGUCCUGAAAGAGAUUGCCGGCAGCAGCUCCUGGCAUGCUCGAUACACCGUGCUCACAUACCUCCAGAUCAUGGUUUUUUAUAACCUGUUCACAUUCAUGAGUGACCAGAAAGCAGUGAAUGAUGUGCGGGCGCUGGUGAUAAAACUGCUGGAGGACGAGCAGCUUGAGGUACGAGAAAUGGCGGCCACUACACUCAGUGGUUUCCUUCAGUGCAAUUUUCUGUCCAUGGACGCCCCCAUGCAGGCACAUUUUGAGGCUCUCUGCAAAACUCGCUUGCCUAAGAAGAGGAAAAGGGAGCUCGGUUCUGUCGUGGACACCAUACCCUCUGCUGACCUGGUACGCCGCCAUGCCGGUGUGCUCGGGUUGAGUGCUUGUAUUCUCUCCAGCCCAUAUGACGUCCCCACCUGGAUGCCCCAGCUACUGAUGGACCUGAGUGCUCACCUCAAUGACACACAACCCAUUGAAAUGACUGUAAAGAAAACGCUGUCAAACUUCAGACGGACUCACCAUGACAACUGGCAACAACAUAAGCAGCAGUUCACUGACGAUCAGCUGCUGGUCCUCACUGACCUGCUGGUCUCCCCUUGUUACUAUGCCUAAAAACCUGUUCUGGACAACCCCAGACUGCAGACACCAGCUUACACUGUGGAGGAGAUUCCAGUUCCUGACUGAUGGAAAAACCCAGCAUCCUUAGACCUGAAAGAAGAGAAAUGGCACGCUAAAUUGUUGCUGUCAGAAGGAUUGAAAUGUUGUGUAUUUAUGUAUUUAGCUCAUUAACAUUUCUACUAUACUUAAUAUUUAAGGAUCAAUCAUGGCAGGAAAGAAUGACCUGCAGUUUGUAACAUUACUGUACAGAUUUUUGUUUUAUUUCAUUUUGUUUUUCCUUUUCUUCUUGGCUUGUUUGUAUGCAUGUACACGGGUUUGUGUGUGUGCGUGCGUGUGUGUGUGUGCGCCCUUUUAUGGGAUGCUUGAAGACAUCUGUUGGUGUCCCACACUUUUCUCAGGAUUUUUCCUAAGUAUCCAUCUUGAACCAAUGCAAUGUUCAAAGCAGGACAUACCCUUUACCAUUUUCCAGCAGUGAAGUCACAAACCACACAGAAUGGUCUCAAGAGGUUAGGCCUAUACUUGCAACACACAAUGUUUGUGUGGCUUUUUGAUCUAUAUAUGAUAAUAUGCAUCAUGUAUGUGUAUGUCAUGGUAUAGCAAAUAUGCACAAACUCAAAUAUUUAUUUACUUUUUUGAAGUGCUGAGUUUUUAUUUUCUCCUGUAGUGUGCGUCUACGAUCAUGUAGAUAACUUAGCAAUUGAGCCUGUGUUCAUCUACAUCUCUUGUGCAAAGAAGAGGAGAGUGUGAGCUCCCCGGUCCCGUGCUGCGUGAUGACCCGAGCACAGGUGGAUCACUGUCAUGCUUCAAUACAGGACAGAAAAAGAGAGAAGCCAAAUUACUUGUUCAUAAUUGACAAGUUUCCUUCUUACCGUUAAAUUUCACUCUCUUGGAACCCGCUGAGAUGAUACUGAAUUACUUAUGUCUUGUGUAUGUUUCCCCAGAUGACUUGAAACCAGUCUUAGCAUCAAAGCAUUUAGUACCUCACACCUAGUGUAGUGCCAAAGCUGCUUUUAUUUUCUCUUUUAGACAUUUUGUUUGCUUGUUCAGAGAUUACAAUAAAUUGUUUGUUACAGAAACACAA